AUGCCCAAAGUAAGAUCUGAUCAGUCGCGUUCCACCAAAGCGAGCAGAUGCUUAUUUGGACGACCAGAUCAGGUGAUCAAGGAUGCAUUGGAUCAAAAAGUCAAGAGAAUCAUUGAAGAGGAUACGAGGCGACUUGUCACCGAUUUUGGGGACUUUGAAAGUGUAUCAGCAAAAAAUAUACCUACUUUCUACAAACGUGUUCGUGGACAACGUCUCUAUGUUGAUGAUGAAAAUGAUGAGUUAUUCCCAAGAGUAGCCAAGAGUCCGCCAUUGGUUUCUCCGACAAAACCACAGGAUACAAUUUUGGCUCUAGCUGAUGAGAUACCAUCAACUUCAUCAAAACCAGCAUUUGCUAUUCUUCCAUCACCAGCUAAAAGGCCUCGCGCAGAAAAGAAUGUUUCACUCGAAAAUAGACGUGCAACCAGAUCGACGGGCCGUUUGUUUCAAUCAUCAUCGUUGCAACAAAAUGCAGAAAACGGUUCUACUUCUGUGUCGAAAGAAUGUGGCCAAAAGAUAGCUGCUAUGAUGGGAGCAACAAAGACUCGCGGAAAACCACAACUUCAAUCUUAUCUUACAAAUUACAUGCAACCAGAGAGAAAGCGACUCACUCCUCAGGUCAAGAAUGAGGGAAAAGCGGCCAUCAAGCAGAUCGCAAUCCAUCGACACCGAGAGAGUAGUGCUCCACCGAGUCCAAUGAGAUUCCUCAUCGAAGAAACUGACGGUACUCGAACGAAAACUUACAUGGGAACAAGAAAAGGCGAGGAUCCCUUGGUUGAUACCAGCAAAAAACCUGAAGUGUUGAAAGGUAUGCUCAAAAGCGCGUCGACCUCUCGAAUCUCACAUCUCGGUGGUCGAAAAAUGCAA